CUGUGCUACAUGAAGAUGGCAAUAGAUGCACUAGAAAUCAGCCAGAAGACCAGUACGGACACGGAAUCAUGAGUACUUUCGGUAGCCCCGGCCCUUUGCCAACUACAAAGCCAACACCACCACAGCGUGGAAGCUUCCCUCUGGAUCAUGAUGGCGAGUGCAAGACGUACAUGACAAAGUAUCUUUCAUGCAUGAAAAAGGUGCGAGGUCUAAAUGACGAAGAAUGUCGCGACCUUGCAAAGGCGUAUCUAUCAUGCAGAAUGGACAGAAACUUGAUGGCUAGGGACGAAUUCAAGAACCUUGGUUUCACAGAAUCUCCACCUCCUUCAGCUGUAAAAGCGACGCUAGAGGGUGAUAAGGGAACCAAGGAUUGAAAGAGACUGGUUAAAACGCUUUCCCUCAAUUACCUAGGUAGGUAAGUAUGGGAUUCGACAACUUAAGGAGCCGACUCUCGUACACACUGCCUUAUAUGUAACGACAUUGAGGCUGAUACGGACUCUAAUUCCUUACUAAGAUAGCAUUCGAGCAAAUGAGAGCAAUACACAUCAAGCCUCCAGUCCCC